AUGGCUCAUAAUCCACUGAGUCUGUAUAGAAUAGAAAUACAUAUAAUUGACAUCAACGAUAACGCGCCAUCGUUUCCGAUUAGCAGUCAGGUACUGAACGUAACAGAAGUCUCCUCUCUUGGAGAGAAAUUUUCUCUUCCUUUGGCUGAAGAUCCGGAUUCAGGCAACAAUGAGGUUAAAUCCUACAAGCUCAGUCCCAACGAAUACUUUUCUCUGGAUGUGCAGAAUGUAGAACAGAGUGUUACUGUCGAACUGGUGCUGAUUAAAGCUUUAGAUCGAGAAAAACAGCCUCUCAUUCAUCUAACACUGACUGCUGUUGAUGGAGGGAAACCUGCAAUGUCCGGAACAUUAGAGAUUAUUGUCAAUGUUUUGGAUGUUAACGACAACUCUCCAGUUUUUAGCAAAUCUCUUUACAAAGUGAAAGUGAACGAAAAUAUUGCCCUGGGGUCCCAAAUCAUCUCCCUUUCCGCCUCUGAUUUAGAUGAGGGAAUAAAUAGUGAUAUAACAUUUUCUAUUGUCAAGCAAGGCAGUAGCAAAGCGUCAGAUCUGUUUUCAAUUGAUCCAGAUAGCGGACUUAUAACAGUUAAAGGUAAUAUUGAUUAUGAAGAAAAUGCUGCUGUUGAGUUGAGGGUGGAGGCUAAAGAUAAAGGCCAGCCUCCUAAGAGUUCACAGUGUAAGGUGUUAGUUGAAGUAGUUGAUGUGAAUGACAAUCCGCCCGAGCUAAUGGUGACUUCGUUGGCUAAUACUAUUAAAGAGGACUCAAAAAUCGGAACAGCUGUGGCUCUUGUUACAAUCUCUGAUAAAGACGGAGGUAAAAAUGGAGUAGUGCACUGCAGUAUUGUAGGUCAGGUGCCGUUUAAGAUCGAGUCCUCUUAUAAAAACUACUACUCUUUAGUUGUAGAUGGAGCACUGGACAGAGAAGAAAUUGCCCAUUUUAAUAUCACAAUAAUAGCUACAGAUGAAGGGACCCCUUCACUCUCUAGUACCAGUGUUAUCACAAUUCAUAUAUCUGAUGUGAAUGACAAUGCGCCACGCUUCCCAGAAGCUGUGAUGAACGUGUUUCUAAAGGAAAACAGCCCAGCAGGUGCCAUUAUAGCGACAGUGUCCGCGCAGGAUCCAGAUAUCAACACGAACGCUCAUAUUUCUUAUACUUUAAUUAGCAGAGACAAAACUGUGAUUCCAUUGAUCUCUAUGAUUGACAUAAAUAGUGAGAGUGGAGACUUAUACAGUAAACAAUCAUUUAACUACGAAGACCUUAAAUCAUUUCAGUUUGAAAUUCAGGCGACAGAUUCGGGUCUUCCAUCACUAAGCAGCAGCUUGACAGUAAAUGUUUUUAUAACUGAUGAGAAUGACAACAGUCCAGUUAUUUUACCGCCUUAUUCUGAUCCUGGAUCAGUUAAUACUGAGAACAUUCCCUACUCUGCUGAAGCGGGAUACUUUGUAGCCAAGAUCAGAGCUGUUGAUGCUGACUCUGGAUAUAACGCUCUUCUGUCUUAUUAUAUAAGUGAACCCAAAGGAACUAAUGUCUUCCGCAUUGGAAGCAGCACUGGAGAAAUAAAGACUAAGAGACGAAUGAGUGACAAUGACUUAAGAACUCACCCACUUAUUAUUACAGUGUCUGAUAAUGGAGAGCCAUCACUCUCAGCGACUAUGUCCAUGGAUGUUGUGGUUGUUGAGAGUCUGGAUGACAUAAAGACAUCAUUCAGAGAAGUUCCUGUUAAAGAGGAGAGUUUCUCAGAUCUGAAUGUGUAUCUGCUCAUCGCUAUCGUCUCAGUAUCAGUCAUCUUUUUACUGAGUCUCGUGGGUUUGAUAGCAGCUAAAUGCUACAGGACAGACGGCAGUUUCAGCAGGUACAGCGCUCCAGUGAUCAGCACCCAUCCAGACGGAAGCUGGUCCUUCUCUAAAUCUACUCAACAGUAUGACGUGUGUUUUAGUUCAGACACAAUAAAGAGUGAUGUAGUCGUUUUCCCCUCGCCGUUUCCACCAGCAGACGCGGAGUUGAUCAGCAUUAAUAGUGGAGAAGACACUUUUACGCGCACCCAAACUCUUCCUAACUCAGAGAAGAAUCCUGUAUGA